AUGCUCGGCCGGAAAGUUCGCCUCCCGCCUCCCGCCCCCGCGCAGCACCCGGCGGCGCCGGCCGUUUCGCCGGGGCGCCGCCGCGGCGAAGAAACAUGGGCUAAACCUUCAAGAAUAACCAAGACCAAGUUAAUUGGAGGAGAGUUCGUCCUUGCCCCCAAGGCAGGCUACGACGGCGUCCGUGAGCGCGCCAUCCCUUCGCCGUCCUCUGUCCUUGACGCCGACCUCACCCUCUCGCCGUCCUCCCUGCCUCUGCUCCCGCCUCCCCCUCCGCCACCGCCGCCGCCGUUCCUGGGCCGCGAACGCCGCAGUCUCCGGAAGCCCAAAGCUAGAAGCUUCAACGAAUUCGGAGAGAUCGGCAACAGGAGCACGAACGAGAGGCUGGGCCUUCACGGCAUCGACUGCAAACAGUUCCGGUCCAAAUCGGCGGUUCGGGCGACGAGGAGCGCCUUCGCCGGCUACGACCCCGUGAAAGCUCGUUCAGCAGCGACAUGGUUGCGCGACGGGGACAUCAAGGAGGAUGAGAACAUCUUCGAGGAGGAUGAGGAGGUGGCGGAGGAAGAGGACGGCAGCUCGUGCGACGAGGAGCUCUUCGAGCUGGCGACGAAGCCGGGGCCUGAGGUCGAGGAGGAGGCGGAGGAAGACGAAGAAGAAGAGUUCGUCCUUGCCCCCAAGGCAGGCUACGACGGCAUCCGCGAGCGCGCCAUCCCUUCGCCGUCCUCUGUCCUUGACGCCGACCUCACCCUCUCGCCGUCCUCCCCGCCUCUGCUCCCGCCUCCCCCUCCGCCACCGCCGCCGCCGUUCCUUCAAGAAUAA